AUGGCCCUGGGGCUCCUGUGGCUGGGCCUCACCCUGCUGGGGGUCCUGGAGAUACAGGCCCAGGACUCCACCCCAGACCUGAUCGCAGCCCCACAUCUGCGCAAGGUCCCUCUGCAGCCAAACUUCCAGGAAGACCAGUUCCAGGGGAAGUGGUACGUCGUAGGCCUGGCUGGGAAUGCAAUUCGCAAAGAAGACCAAGGCCAGCUUACGAUGUACGCCACCACCUACGAGCUGAAGGAAGAUCAUAGCUACAAUGUCACCUCAACCCUGCUCAGGAAUGGGAGCUGUACCCACUGGAUCAGAACUUUUGUCCGAAGUACCCGGCCCGGCCAGUUCGAACUGGGCAGCAUCAAACGUUAUCCUGGAGUGCAGAAUUACAGAGUUCGAGUGAUGGCCACCGACUACAACCAGUACGCCAUGGUAUUCUUCAAGAAGACUUUCAAAAAGAAAAACUACUUCAAGAUCACCCUCUAUGGGAGAACCAAGGAGCUGAGCCUCGAACUGAAGGAGAACUUCACCCGCCUCGCCAAGUCUCUGGGCCUCAGUGAUGACCACAUCGUCUUCUCUGUCCCAAUCGAUCAGUGCAUCGAUAACUGAGCGCACACUUCCUCAUACGUGCCUCUGUCCAGGCUGCCACCAACUACCCACCAGCUCUGAAGCCAGUGAGACAGUGGGAGACAUUUUUGCAGUGAUGCCC